GCACAAAACAAUAUUUCAGUUAAUAGUGUUUGAAUCACGCUGCCCCAAAUACUGAAUGCUCCCCAUGCAUGGUGAAUAGGCUGAACGUGAUUUCUGGAAAGGUUUGCACUAGAGGUGGAAAUCAGGCAGCGGACUUGCAGCAUGAUUUUACAUGAGUGAUGGAGGGGGGGUGCCUGAGAGAGGAUCUCCCACCCCCUUCCUUGCCCAGCUGCAACACAACAGCCCUGCAGUGCUGGCCGUGGGUGUUAUUCUCCAGGGGUUGCUGCUUUCAGCUCAGAUGCAGAGGGACCUGGGAUGCAGCAAAGAAAUUGCUUUAAAAAAUAAAUCAGUCUCCUAGCCAGUGAACCCUGCGCUUUUGGGUCCAGGGGCACCCAAACUUCUGGCGAGAACAGGGCCAGCUUCCAGCUUGUCCUGGGCCUUUCUUGGUUUUCAGAACAACAGAGAAUCUGGAAUCUGGGAUGGCCUUCAACUGGGUGGCUGGAUUAUAGCAGCCCGCAAAGGCGUAGAGACAGCUGCCUGCAGAUCUGUGCAGUGCCGUGCAAUGACAGGGAGGGAACUAGAGUCAAGGCUUCUCUUGAAAGUGAAAUUAGAAAGCAUUUAUCUCCGCAGAGUUCACAGCACAGAGAGAGAGACACCGGAGAAAGAGAAAAGCCAGCUGGAUUCCCUUAGCAGAGAUGGCCAAAUGGUAAGAAGGUGUUUAAUUCCUUUUCAUAAACUUUGCUAUGGGAGGGUGGAUUUGUACAGGGGACACUGAAAAUACCCGACUAAAAUAACUAAAAAUAUACAGAUGGAAUUACAAUGAGCAGACUUGCCCUUCUGGAGCCGGACUGAGUGCUUUGAAGCCACAGCAGCCUUCUGCUCCCUGCUGACCUCCGCCUCCAGAUCCAAGGCCAGUUUGGUAUUCUGCUGCAAAGCAAGUGAGCAAAACAUGAGGGGAGCUGCAACAAAAUGCUGCAGCACAUUGUUUGCUUUUGUCCUUGACUUUCAAUCCCACACUUCCUCCAAGGGGAUCAGGGGUGUGUGCCUGGUUCUUCUAGGCUGGAGAACUGAACUCCAAACCUCUCUUCCAGAGGCUUUUUGUAGAUCAGUAGCUCCCAAAGUGGGUGGCAGCACCCCAGGGGGGUUAUUUAGGGGGCACUAAGAGAAAAGGGGGAAAGCAGGGGGGAGGGUGCAAAUGACUGGCUUUGAAAAGCUGGUGUCACUGGAUCAAGUUUGCUGAGUUAGUUAAACUAAAUAGUUUUAACUGGGUUUCAGACAAAGGUGCAAUUAUUUCUUACACGUUUUCUUCCUUAGUGGGCCGUGCAAACCACUCUUGUGAAUUAUGCUUUGGGCAGAAUAGGGCAGAGGGCACUGGGGGUGGGUUUACAGAACCAAGUGGAGGGGGGCCAAAGACUGUUAUAGGUGUAAAGGGCAUGGGAAGGGGGCCAUCCUGCAGCCUUAGGAACAGAAGAAGAGCCUUCAGGAUCAGGCCAGGGGCCCAUCGAGUCCCACAUUCUGUUCUCACAGUGCCGGCUGGGUGCCCCAAAGUGCAGCCCACAGGCAGGAUUCGAGCCCAAGAGCCCUCUCAAGCCUUCUCAGCCUGAAGCCCUUCAGGAAAAAACAUAGAAUGGUAGAGUUGGAAGGGACCCUGAGGGUCAUCUAGUCCAGCCCCUGCAUGAAGGGAUCUUUUGUCCACUGUGGGGCUCAAACCCACAACCCAGAGAUUAAGAGGCUCACGCUCUACCGACUGAGCUACAACUGUCAUCACAGGAAGAAACCAUGUUGGGAAUUGCUAAAUAUACCACAAUCUCUUUGGAUGAAUAUUGUAAGAGGAUUAUGAAAUGUAACAUGACAUGACAUUUCCCCAUAAGAUACAGAAGGAUAUACUUUGCCCACAAACUAGUUCUGUACACAACUGCUUAUUUCCCCGGUGAAACGUUAAAUGGUCGAACAUCUUGCUGGGUGAAAGGCAAGGCCUCUCCUCAUUCUUUAUUCUCUUUUCUAUUUCUAGGUUUACAGGACUCUGGUCUUACAUUUGCAGCAAGCCUGGUAAGUUUUUCCUCAAGAGUUUCCUCAAGAGCCCCCGAAGGUCAUAUGCAAAGUGUGGGGUUCCCUAGUGAGGGGUCACUACAAGGCAGGGGGCAGCAGCCGGGGCGCUAGAAGAGCAAAUGACUAUCGGACUCUGAAAAGUUGGAAUUGCUGGAUCAAGUUCAUCCGUUUCAUUGAAUUAAUUAAAUAGUUUUAAUUGGAUUAUGUGCAAAUGUGCAACUGAUUAUUACCGUUUUGAAUUUCGUUGUGUUAUUAUCUUCCUAUGUGUGCCAUGCAAACCGCUAUUCUGAAUAAUGCUUUUGAUGGGGUAGAGUAGGGAGCACUGGGAAUGAGUUUGUGGCCCCCAAGGAGGCGAUGGCCAGAAAAAGUUUGGGAGCCACUGAUCUAUUGCAUUAGAUAGAGAAUUCUCAUAAUAAUAAUAAAAAAUAAUAAAAUAAUGUUACUUAUAUCCUGCCCUCCCCAGCCAAAGCCAGGCUCAGAGCGGCUAACAACAGUAAAAAUAGCACAGUGUACAUAAAAUCAUAGUCAAUUAAUUGAAAUACAUUCUAAUCAAUUCAGAAUCAAAUUAAUGGCAACCACUAGGCUAGAGUUCUAUGAGGAUUGCCAAAGGAAAGGGUCAGGCUGUGCCUUGGCCAAAGGCCUGGUGGAACAGCUCCGUCUUGCAGGCUCUGCAGAAAGAUGUCAAGACCCACAGGGCCCUAGUCUCUUGGGACAGAGCGUUCCACCAGAUUGGGGCCACAGCCGAAAAAGCCCUGGCUCUGGUUGAGGCCAGCCUAACCUCCCUGUGGCCUGGGACCUCUAAGAUGUUUUUAUUUGAAGACCCUAAGGUCCUCCGUGGGGCAUACCAGGAGAGGCGGUCCCGUAGGUCACCAGCAGAACGAGACUAGUGAUCUUCCUGGGGUCAGCGAAAACACUUUUUUCAGGCCACAGACAGGCUGCGAGGGGAGGAGCAGAGCAAAGGCUGGAAUGAUCUCUGUGCCAAUCUCAUCUAGCACUGAUGAGAAACUAAGACAGAAAGGAGACAGAUCUCGAAUACACACAGCCAGCAACUUUUCCCUGAGUGUGACUCUGGUCAAGGGAAGCGACAUAAUGAAGUUUCUAAGCUUCGGAUAAAUCACUGCAGAGGGUUAGAGACACCCAUCAUUCCCGUUGUGCAUCUUUUGUGGGAACAGAUUUGGAGCGCAUGAACUGCCUUACAGAAUCACAGAACCAUGGAAGGUUCCCCCAAAGAUCCUCUAGUCCAGCCUUUCUCAACCUGUGGGUCCCCAGAUGUUGUUGAACUCCCAUCACCCCUAGCUAGCAAGGCCAGAGCUCAGGGAUGAUGGGAGUUGUAGUCCAACAACAUCUGGGGACCCACAGGUUGAGAACCGCUGCUCUAGUCCAACCCCCUGCAAUGUUCCUAUUAACAACGCCCACACAUUUAGACUCCUAGUUUCAACAGACCACCCCGGGAUAUACUCUUACGGUGCCAUCACAUCACCUCUCAGCUAUGCAUUUACCGUAUUUUUCGCUCUAUAGGACGCACUUUUUCCCCUUCAAAAAUGAAAGGGAAAUGUGUGUGCAUCCUAUGGAGCGAAGACGCCAUAGCCCCGCGACCCUCUCCUGGCUGGAGAGGUGACGCGCGGCUAUGGCAGGAGCCUCUUUAGCUGCGCGCCACCUCUCCAGCCGGGAGAGUGUGCGCGGGGCUAAAGAAGCCAUAGAAGCUUUCCGCUGCUCCCCAACCUGCUCUUUGGGGCUGGUGGUGGGCUUCCCUCCGCCAGCCCCAAAGAGCAGGUUGAAAGGAACCUGAAGCCUGGAGAGCGAGAGGGGUCGGUGCGCACCGACCCCUUUCGCUCUCCAGGCUUCCAAGGUGGCCGCCUGAAGGUAGCACCUUGUUUUAGAGGGGGAAAAUAAGAGGGGGAAAAUUCUCCCCCUCUCUGCGCAGUGCCUCCUGCCACUUCACUGAAGGGGCACUGGGCAGAGAGGGGGAGAAUUUUUUUCUUGUUCUCCCCCCCUCUAAAACAAGGUGCGUCCUAUUGUCCGGUGCAUCCUAUGGUGCAAAAAGUACGGUAUUUAUUUUUUGCAAAGCAGAUAGACUCCUUCCAUCUCUGCUUACAAGAUAUAACUUAGGGGGUCCCCAGCCUAGGGCCCCUCCUUCAAAACUACAGGCAAAACACCCCGUGCAAACCCCCAAAAUCAAUGAAAUGCACUGGUUUCCUACACAACCUUCGUUGCACCCUCUAAUACCUGAACUUUCCUCAACAGCAUCAAAUCCUGAGAACCAGAUUCCGACAGAGAGCAAUGAAGUGCGGAUUGUCCUCGUGGGGAAACCAAGAGCAGGAAAAAGUGCCACAGGAAACACCAUUCUCGGGCGGGAGGCAUUUGAGGUUGGCACCAUGACGAGAUCCUGCCAGUUAGGAAUCGGGGAAUGGGAGAAAAAGCGGCUAGUCCUCAUUGACACGCCUGCUGAUUUUGACCUCGGGAGCGGCACAGCCAAGGAUUCCCCUGACUCCCAGCACUGCCUCCGUCUAUCCAGCCCGGGACCGCACGCCUUGUUGCUGGUCACCCACCACUGUGACGAUGCAGACUAUAAGGCAGUAGAAUGGAUUCAGGAGAUAUUUGGCUGCGAAGCCAUGAAGUACGUGAUUGUCGUGCUCACUGGGGAAAAACUGGACGACGCAUCUUUGGAGGAACAUCGAUCUCUCCCAGAAUACCAACGCCUUCAGAACAUGGCUGGUCACUGCGAUUUGCAGUGGUUCUCGGUCGACAACUGCAACCAAAACGAGAGGGAGCAGGAGGCUGAGAAACUGCUCUCCUUGGUGAAGGCCAUGGUGGGGAAGAACCAGGAGAAGCCCUUCUGCGGGCCUGAAAGGGUUGGGAGUCCUACGUCGAUCCCAAAUGAAAAGGACCUUUCUGGGCACCCACCAGAGGAAGAGAAGCCGCAGGAGGCCGUGGAGAUUGCAGGAACUGAGGGGUCCGGAGUGGGAGGAGGAGAGAGCCCCCCUGUUCAAAGUAAGCACUCCUGGCAAGGUUUCCUUCCAGCUUUAGCCUAUUCCUCCUGGUUUGCAAUGAGCCCUGCUCUAUGUGUGUAAAGUUUUUUUAAGAAAAAUCAUAGAAUCAUAGAGUUGGAAGAGACCACAAGGGCCAUCGAGUCCAACCCCCUGCCAAGCAGGAAACACCAUCAGAGCACUCUUGACAUAUGGUUGUCAAGCCUCUGCUUAAAGACCUCCAAAGAAGGAGACUCCACCACACUCCUUGGCAGCAAAUUCCACUGUCAAACAGCUCUUACUGUCAGGAAGUUCUUCCUAAUGUUUAGGUGGAAUCUUCUUUCUUGUAGUUUGGAUCCAUUUAUUUUAUAAAAUAAAAUAGCAAAUUUACUUCCCAUACAAUAGAUUCUUUCCAAAUCUACCUCUUAAGCCAGCCCACUUCCUUGUUUCGCUCCUUUUUGGCAAUAUGUAAGCGCACACUCAAUGUGCAAAAUACUUUUGAACCCUUGGAAACAGGACUACAAGGGGGUGGAAGGGAAGAGUCUGUGAUAAACAUGUUCUGUCUCAGAGUGACAUCUAGCAGCCCUGGAGGCAACUGCAAGGAAUGAGAUUGAGCACUGUUUGAAAUUAGUAGUAGUAGUAGUAGUAUUUCGUUAUUUAUACCCCGCCCAUCUGACAGGGUUUCACCAGCCACUCUCGGCGGCUUAUAGCACAUAAACAACUGUAAAACAUUAGACAUUAAAGGCACAGGCUGGCCAGAGCAACUGACACCUGCUUCAGGUUUGUUUCCAGGCACGGUUUAAAUUCCUGGGUUUAGGCUUUAAACCCAAAACCAGUGGUUCUGAGGCUUUUGGGGCCACUGCUCUCUUGGUUCUGUAAACUCAUUCCCAGUGCCACCUUUCCCAACCCACUAAAAACAUAAUUCAGAAUAGUGAUUUGCACCACCUACUAAGGAAGAGAAUAACGCAAUGAAAUUCAAAACAGCAAGAAUUAAUUGCACGGUUCAAAAUCCGAUUCCUGUAUUCAGUCAGUCAGUCAGUUUCUUUAUUACUGUCCAUGACCAGUAGUCAAACAGAAUCUUUGCCCAAAUAUAUAAAAUAGUACCAAACAGAACAAAAGAGAGAACUUUAACAUUAAAAUUACUAGCAACUCUAUCGUGCUGUAAUAAAGAGAUAGGUUGAGCUUUCUGCAUCCCAUUCUAUAGUUAACUGCUUGGGCAAUUCAGGAAAUUCAGAUUGCAAAAGUGACGCCUUACAAGGGCUCUAAUCAGUACAAAGUGUUGAUCCCCAGGAGAAGCUUUAGGAUUCCUCAGCUCUGUUCUUCUCUUUCCAGCAACAUUAACAGAUGCAGCUGAUCCCGUUUCAGCAGAGCAAAAGGAGCUUUGCAUCGUCAUUGUUGGAAAGUUCGGGGUUGGCAAAAGUGCGACUGGAAACACCAUCCUUGGGAAAAAGAGGUUUGACUCCAGGCUUGAAAUGACCCCAGUUACAAAGUCUUGCUGGUUAGGAAUAAGAGAGUGGAGGGGGAAGCAGGUAGUUGUCAUUGAUACGCCUGCGAUUUUUGACUCUGAUGGAGCCAGAAAUUCUACUGAGAUUGAGCACUGCCGACGUCUCUCUCAGCCCCGCCGGCAUGCUCUGGUUCUGGUCGUCCCAGUGGGCCAAUUCACAGAGGAAGACCACCAAGUGGUACAGCGGGUGAGGGAGACAUUCAACAGUAGCGACGACCAGGAGCGCAUGGUGGUUGUCUUCAGCCACAAAGAAAGGUUGCAGAAUGAAAGAUUGGAAGAUUACAUAUCUUCCAGUGACAACAAAAACUUUCAGGAACUGAGGGAUCAGUGUGAUGGACGGUUUUGCAGUUUCAACAACAAUGAAACAGGAGACCAGCUUGCAGCCCAAGCUGAGGAAUUGCUCUCCAUGAUUGGGGAGAUGGCAGAGAAGAAUCAAGGCGAUCCUAAGAUGACAAAGUUGGACAAAGUUAGAAUCAUAGAAUCAUAGAGUUGGAAGAGACCACAAGGGCCAUCAAGUCCAACCCCCUGCCAAGCAGGAAACACCAUCAGAGCACUCCUGACAUAUGGUUGUCAAGCCUCUGCUUAAAGACCUCCAAAGAAGGAGACUCCACCACACUCCUUGGCAGCAAAUUCCACUGUCGAACAGCUCUUACUGUCAGGAAGUUCUUCCUAAUGUUUAGGUGGAAUCUUCUUUCUUGUCGUUUGGAUCCAUUGCUCCGUGUCCGCUUCUCUGUAGCAGCAGAAAACAACCUUUCUCCCUCCUCUAUAUGACAUCCUUUUAUAUAUUUGAACAUGGCUAUCAUAUCACCCCUUAACCUCCUCUUCUCCAGGCUAAACAUGCCCAGCUCUCUUAGCCGUUCCUCAUAAGGCAUCGUUUCCAGGCCUUUGACCAUUUUGGUUGCCCUCCUCUGGACACGUUCCAGUUUGUCAGUGUCCUUCUUGAACUGUGGUGCCCAGAACUGGACACAGUACUCCAGGUGAGGUCUGACCAGAGCAGAAUACAGUGGCACUAUUACUUCCCUUGAUCUAGAUGCUAUACUCCUAUUGAUGCAGCCCAGAAUUGCAUUGGCUUUUUAGCUGCCGCGUCACACUGUUGGCUCAUGUCAAGUUUGUGGUCAACCAAGACUCCUAGAUCCUUUUCACAUGUACUGCUCUCAAGCCAGGUGUCCCCAUCUUGUAUUUGUGCCUCUCAUUUUUUUUGCCCAAGUGCAAUACUUUACAUUUCUCCUGUUAAAAUUCAUCUUGUUUGUUUUGGCCCAGUUCUCUAAUCUGUCAAUGUCGUUUUGAAGUGUGAUCCUGUCCUCUGGGGUGUUAGCCACCCUCCCAGUUUGGUGUCAUCUGCAAAUUUGAUCAGGAUGCCCUUGAGUCCAUCAUCCAAGUCGUUGAUAAAGAUGUUGAAUAAGACCGGGCCCAAGACAGAACCCUGUGGCACCCCACUAGUCACUCUUGUCCAGGAUGAAGAGGAACCAUUGAUGAGCACCCUUUGGGUUCGGUCAGUCAGCCAGUUACAAAUCCACUGAGUGGUAGCAUAGUCAAGACCGCAUUUUACCAGCUUCUUUACAAGAAUAUCAUGAGGCACCUUGUCAAAUGCCUUGCUGAAAUCAAGGUAGGCUACAUCCACUGCGUUCCCUUCAUCUACCAGGCUUGUAAUUCUGUCAGAAAACGAGAUCAGGUUAGUCUGACAUGUUGCUGAGGCAAAUGCAUAAAGAACAUACUCUGGUUUUCUCCCGCUUGGACUACCACGCUCUGUGUGGAGCUACCUUUGAAGGGGACUCAGAAACGACAACUAAUCCAGAAUGCGGCUGCCAGACUGGUGACUGGUGACAUUUCAGAUGCGCCAAUAAAUGCAGAACACAGUGGCCAGGGUUGUCACUUUGCGCAGCUCACUUGGAAAGAGCAUCACUGAGUACCUAUCCAAAUCUGAACCCUUUUCAAAGCACUGGUGUUUACCUUUAAGAAAUUGGGGGUCAAAGGCAUGGAUAAGGUCAUCCAAGGUCAUCUAAGGAGGUCCUUCUUCUCUUCAUGCCUCCCCUGCUAAGAACCUUAAGAAGAGCUCUGCAGGAUCAGGCCCAAGGGAGCAGUCCAGCAGUCUCUCCCCACAAUGCUUGACCAGAUGCGCCCGAAUGAAGCCCACAAACAGCAUGGACUUUGCCUCAAUAACUGGGGGCAGCAAUGACUCUGAAUCCUGAAGAAGUGUGCAUGCAAGCUCAUACCAAUAACAAACUUAGUUGCUCUCUAAGGUGCUACAGGAAUGAUUUUUUAAAUUUUGUUUCAACUAUGGCAGACCAACAGGGCUACCUACCUAUAAUCUGAAUCCUAGCUGCUGGAAGCCACAGGAUAGAAAUCAGAUCCUGCUUGCUGGUUUCCUACAUUCCAGAAGGUUUCAACCUUUUUGAGUCCACAGCUCCCUUGACCAACCUUCUUUCUGUGGCCCCCCUGUGGGGCUCAGGAGCCCAGUCAUGCCACCCCUUGCCUGCAGAGCUGGCAGCCCCUCACCCUUUUUCAAACACCCUCCCUUGCGGAGUGUGCCCUCAGCCUCCUCUCCCCUCUCCUUGGGAGUCCUCUGGGCAGCCGCUGCUGCCGCCCCUGGUCUCUGAGCUUCCCUCCUGCCCCAUAGAGAGGUGCCUCCUCACCCUGCCUCACAGGGCCUGGGACUUGUCUGUCCAUUCCCAACAGCAAGAGCUGGCUGGCUGGGCUCCCUUGCCCGCUUGCUUGCUUACUCUGAGGCCGCCUCAACUCCUGGCACCCAGCACCGCCUGGCCAGUCCCAGACACACCAUUCGCCUGGGGAGCUUGUAGCCAGGACUGCUGCAACAAACAGCCUUGGGGAGGCAGAGAAGCAAGAGGGCAAUAGAAGAGGAAGGAAAGAGGGACAGAGGCCAGUGUUGCCAGCGGCACCCCUGGCCAUCCUUCAAGGCACCCCAAGGUGCCACCACACACUGGCUGAAAACCACUGGCUUAAGGCGACUGGUUGCCCAUUGUGAGAAUGGAAUGCUGGACUUACAGCCAUAUCCCAUGAUGGACCUGUAGCUUAACAGGAUAGGCCCCUCUGUCCGUCCUGCUUGCCUUAUCUUCCCUUUAUUUACCUUCUCUGUUACCACCAUCCUGUCAAUCUGCGGAGUAAAAACUUAAAAAGUGAUGCAGAUCUUUUCUCUGUGUGAAAAGAGGCUGCCAGAGAGUUGAUGUUUUGGUUAAACCUUCUGGGAAGCAGAUGGUUUCCUCUGCUUCUGUUAUCUCUUCUGCAAGGUCAGGCUGACUGCAAUAGUCAGGCCAGGAAGAGCCUGGGCUUCACUUCUGACUUUCUCUUUCUAUCACUUUGUUCUGCUGUGGUGUUCUGUUCUGUGUAUAGUGUUAAGAGUUUAUGUUUAUUAUAAGUUCUUAGUUUAAGUCUGCUGCAACUGGAUUUUUAUGGACUCUGCCAUUCCUGAAUGUAUUGGAUUUGUGACCAUUAUGCCUUCAGCAACAGUAAAGCUCUUCUGGAUG